UAUGCUUAGGGAGGAAAGAAGAGUGAGGCGAGGCGGUGCAGGUCUUCUUCCUGUUCUGGUGUUCUGCAGCGUUAGAAGAAGGGUCGAGUGAGGGACGUAUGACCUUUUAGACACCCCCUUCACGGGCUCUUCGAGAGGAGAUGGGGAUUUGGCCGUGAGCCUCUGCCUGUUAUUUUAUCAAAUACUUGUCAAGCUUUUCGCAGCCUUCUGUUUGACCAAUUGGGUUUGGGGAGGAGAAGGAGGAGGAGGUGGUGGUGGUGGUGUUUGGGCUUGGGGGAGGAUGGGAGUUCAGGUCGGCGGGACGUGCUUGCAGUGGCCGCAGCUGUCGCCCACCAACUCCACGGCUCUCUCCCAGGCCGCCUUCGCUGCCUUGGUUUCUAGUCUCGGGUGCAGCCAGAGGACCCGUGGCUGCGACCGCGCCCUCGCCUCGCCCUUCCUCGGGUCCGGCACUGCCAAGCUGUUGAAGUCCAGAUCGCUCAAGGUUCGCAGAGGGAGAGGAAGGCGAAGCGUUGAUCAAGCCUUGCGCCGAGCCUUCAGCGCCAGCCUUGACCGCUUUGCGACUGGUGAUGAUGAGGAGGAGGAGGAGGAUGAGGAGUUCGUGCUGAGGCUUGAGGAAUUGGCCCUCGAGCUCCAGCGGCAACAGGGAGACGGCAGCGAGGAGGUGACCGUUUCAGAGUCGUGGAGGAGUGGAGGAGGUGAGGCCUUGUCUUCCUCUGCGUCGUUUUGCUCUGAUUCGAGCCCGGCGCCUUCUCCUUUGCCCUUGACGAGCAAGCAAGAGCCGUCGACCGAGGCACCGUGGGUCCCGGUCCGGCCGGAACCGCCGGAGUGGCCCGACCAGAUCGUGCCGGCGAGCGUGGAGAAGAACGCGAACAGCGUGGAGCUACCGCUCUCGCUCCGGAUCAUAAAGCGGAAGAAGCGGUGGGAGGACGGUUGGCUCCGGGAGGCGGGCGAGUCAGCCUGCUGCUCCGUCAAGCGGGCCUUCUCGUCCAUGGUGUUCAUGAUCCGGGAGAUCCAGAGCUACACUCUCCAGAUGCGGGAGGUGAUCUUCCGCGAGGAUCUCCAGGGGAUCCUGUCGCGGGUACAACGGGAGAUGAACUCCUCCUUCGUCUGGCUCUUUCAGCAGGUCUUCUCGUGCACCCCGACCCUCAUGGUCUCUGUCAUGCUCCUCUUAGCCAACUUCACUGUCUUCUCCAUGGGCCACCUCGAGGCCGCAGCCAUGGCCGCGCCCAACCCGCCGACCCAGUCGAUGGUUGAGACCAUCGUAGCGGAAGACCAUCGCCAGACCCAUCACAACUUCUCCAUCAAGAAAUUCUCCUCCACUGGGAGGACCGCUUCCAUCGGAGGUGGCGGUGGGGGGAAGGCGAAGCCGGUGGCCGGCGCCACCGGCGACGGGCGGUCGGAUGACAGGUCCCUCUCGUACAGGACGAUUCUCCCCGACGGCGUUUCGACAGCGCCAGGGGCGACGAACACCGAGGAGGGAAAAGGAGCAAGUGGCGAGGGCGAGUCGGAAGCGGUUGCGGGGGCAGAAGUGCAGCAGGAAGAGGAGGCGAGGCUCUGGAAGGCGAUACUGGAAGAGGCGUCGAAGACGCAAGCGAGGGACGAGGCGUUGAUGGACCCGGAGACGCUACGCCGCUUCGUCUCGCCCGUGACGGUCGUGCUGGAGCCCGACGACCUCGCGGACUACCUGCGGAUGGAGAUAAUGUACCAUCAAGCCCUGUCGCAGGACCCGGAGAACACUCUUCUCCUCGCCAACUUCGCUCAAUUCCUCUAUCUCGUCCUCCACGAUCACGACAGGGCGGAACACUACUACAAGAGGGCGGCGGGGACGGAGCCGAAGGACGCGGAGGCAUUGAGUCGCUACGCGAGCUUCCUGUGGCUGGCGAGGAAGGAUCUGGUGGCAGCGGAGGAGACCUACCUGGAAGCCAUCGCCGCGGAUCCCGGCAACGCCGUCCACGCCGCCAACUACGCCCAUUUCUUGUGGAGUACCGGCGGCGAGGACACUUGCUAUCCCCUGGAGGGCGACGGUGCAUGGCGGUAGCAAACACAAGCUAAAAGCAAAUAAGAAACAAAACCAACAGUACAUAUUUGAGGGAAAAAGACAAAAGUCGGGCUACAGUGGCGAUACAACACUACAUAUUUAUAUAUAUAUUAUCACUAGGGAGGUAUUUGGUGUCAGAAAAAGGAUGAACGGACGGAGGAAUUGGCCUUUUGGUGGGGCAGAAGGACUGGUCUUUUGAGAGUAGUGUCUGUUAAAAUGGGGUUGGGCCACCCAUUGUGUGGGAUCUGCUCCCUUGCUUGAUGUGUGGUAUAGUUUUGGCAAACUGCAUUAUGUUAUUGGUUUAUGGACUAAAUCUGAGGCUUAGCUAAGUCCAAGAA